AUGGCAGCAGAAGCACUUGCGGCUGGUGGCAGGCAGCGACGAGCCCAUAGAAAGUCAACAAACGGUUGCCAGUAUUGUAAGAAGCGGCAUGUCAAGUGCGACGAGCAACAACCGACAUGUGGUCUUUGCAAAAAGGUCAAGAAGAUGUGUAGUCUCGCAAGCGAUACAGCAGAAUCUACCACCGCUAAACCCGGUGAGGGAUUCACACUCCCUAGCAAUGCUUCUCCGGCCUUCAAUCACGCGGGCCUGAGCUUUCGAACACGGCAUGGCGAGGGGUUCAAAUCGUCUUGUGUCAGUAUCCCGGCACCCUUGAGUCCUCCACAUCUGCAACCGUUGCCGAUUGCGGAUCUGGAGCUACUGUAUAAACAGAUGCGUCACAACCAAGCCAUUGGACGUGAUGGUGGUGAUAUUCAGAUCGGCUUCGCCUUCCCAUAUGUGCUGCACAGCAUCUUGAGCUUGUCGGCACUGCAACUCUUCUCAGAACAGCCAUCCAGAACGGAAUUGCUGGAUCGGGCCUGCGCGCAUCAGAAUCCGGCACUCGCUUUAGUGCGGCCGCACCUUCUCGAUAUCAACAAAUGCAAUGUCGAAGCAGUGGUCAAAUUCAGUGCCAUCACCUCGGUCGUUGCUCUCGCUCAGCCGCUAUACCAACAGCCAUAUCGGGUCAGCCGGCGAAACGAUCCUAUCGAUGACAUGCUUAUCUCCUUUCACAUGACAAGAGGCAUAAGGACUGUUCUAGAACGCCAAUGGCAGAUUGAGCAAGUGGAGUUCGAUCCAGAUGCCGGCCCCGCCUUGGACGAUGAAGAUCCAUGGCAGCAGGAUCUCAUGUCUAAAUAUCCGCCUUAUCCUGUCUUGCGAGACCUGAUCAACAUACACUGCACAAUCGAAGAAGACAUUCUAGUUUGUCUCGAUGCAACACGAAAGAUCUUUUCUUUCGUCACACUUCUGGAAGAGUGUCCGAAUCUUCAUCCCGACGCACGGUUGGUCCAGAUCUGGCCGAUAGAGAUCAAGAAGCGGUUCUUCGAUAUGCUCAUUGCACGCAAGCCGAUUGCAUUGUUGAUUCUUGGGUAUUAUUCUGUACUUAUGAGGUUGAGAUCUGACACCAUGUGGCCUUUGCAUGAAUGGCCUUCGAAGCUUUUGCAACGGGUGGAAGAGGUCUUGGGAGAUGAGUGGCUAGAAUAUCUCGAAUGGCCGAAGAGCAGGGUGCUCGAUCUAAUCGACGAAGAAGAAUGUGUUUCGAAGACGUCUGUAUUGUCCUGUUGA